GCUACGAAGAUCCACCGACUUUGAGUCCCACGAAUUUAGCCGUUUACGUGUCUCCAAUAAAGUCCUGACAAAUAUGUCUCUAAUAAUCUUUCUUGAAUGAAUAUUCUACCGCUUUGACGAACCAAACCAUUUAGUUUUUUUUUAUGCUAAAUUCGUGUACUUUUGAUAUGUGAUUACUUUAUGCAUCAUGCAAUGUAACUUAACUUAUUUCACAUUGGUCUUGCACACUAAAUUAAUAAAGUAGCAUAUGCUGGAUUGAAACAAUAAUUAACUAGGAUGGUUAAACCUAAGCUUCCUGAUCUGUUCCCCUAACCUAAGAAGUACUAAGUUCGAAGGAAUUAUUAAAAGCAAUAGUACAUAAUUAAAUGAUACAUUAAUUUUGACCCAUGAAUUUGAUCACUUCUUCUUUGUUCCCUUUUCACUCUUUGUUUCACCUUUUCCACCAAAGAAGAAUGUCCAACAUAAUUCCUUUGCCCACAUGGCAAUUGAUGUGCAAUACUUUUACCAGGCAAUUGAUGAAUGAAUAGUGGUGAUGAUGAGAAGCCUAAGAAGUUACACUCCAUAUGUAUGUCUUUCCAAGGAAGGUAAACAAAGUAAGUAAGUAACAUGCAGCUCUAAAGGGCCAAAAGCUAGGGCUUCAUCAGAAAGAUGUAUAGCGUUAAUUAUGUUACCAAUUGAAUUGGAGUAAAAACAACACAUAAGUUUCUUGUCGAGUUGUCUUUGACAGAGACCAGAGAUGGAUAGACAAACCUAAAAGCGCUACAAACUCCUACUCUUCGAUUUUAGACUUCCAUAUAGAUGAAAUACAUAGGCUUAUGUAUCAAUCUCCUUAAUCAUAGUGAAGUCGACUCUUUUCUGCUCGUGAAUUAACAAACACACGAUAUAUUGGUGCACCACGUAAAUCCCCAUGUUCUUUACUUUCUUAUUGAUCGUUGACUUUCUUUUUAUUCUCGAUUAACCUCAGUCCAUGUGCGUGACAGUCAUUGUAAACUACAUUGUACCAAUGUCAACACAUAUAAGUUUGGAGUUUGGACAAAUACUUUAUACAAGAUAGAUCAUUUAGCCGAUUUGAUCAAACAACCUUUUCCAAUGAAAAAAAACACUAUAGAGAUUAGAGUAUGAAACUUCUCGACACACUGUUCGAACCCGCCAGCACCUUUCAUCUACCCAUGAUAACAACUCACUUUACUUAUGAGAUUGCAUAUGCAUUCGAUUAUGAAAUUUCGAGUUAGCUCUUCAGGGCUUCAAUCUAUUACAAAAGUCAUUUGUCACCAUAAAUGGAUAUUAAUUUGCACACUGUGUAAAGAAGUUAAUGCCUCACCUCCUUCUCACGUCUCUACAACCAAACAUAAUCAUAAUUUUUUUUUAUAAACCCUUUUAUACAGAAAUCAGAACUUUUACGGAUACCUAUUUUCUUGAAAGCUGAAGUGGAUAUUUAUAGUCCAACGUAGAAAAAUUGUUCACAAGUCUCUGUUAGCAAUAGGAAAAAGGAAACUUGAUUGAUCUAGCUUAAUCACAAAAUUGCACCAACUUCACACUCUUCAUCCAUCAAUUUCCAUAGCUCCAUAUUGUUAAUUUCAUGCUGCUGCAAGAUUAAACACCAAUCCUUUUUCAUUAAAGGAGUGGACCUUGGAGGACAUGAAUGAGUAAGAAAGGGGGCGAAACUUUCUGUACUGCCUUCCAGUUUACAUUUCACCCACCUGCCUUCAUUUAAGAAGACAACCUGUUUUUAUUCAUAUGAACAGAAUGCAUAAAGAAGAACAAGUGCACUAAUAAAAAAGAGCAUGAGAAAGGCUAACAGUAAGAUAAACAUGCUUAACAAGCAAACGAAAGUGCUUUUUGGAAGCAAUAAUGCAGUGCCCAUUCUUCUUUUGAGUAAUUGUUUUGGAUUGUUAGGAGGGAGACGCAUCCUAAUCGCGAUAUUGCAAUUACGAAUGCUUUUAUAUCGAAUCAUUGUUGAUGUAUAUUGGAUCAUUAGUUUCAUUUUAAAAAUCCUUCUUAUUUUAAAUAUGACAAAUUAUAAUGAAAAAAGUUUGUAGUUCUGUUAGAAGAUGAAAAACACAUGAUACAUGCAGCAGGGUGAGCCAAAAAAAAAACAGAAAAAAACACAUGAUUUAUGAUGUGAAAUCCAAAAUUUCAACAUAUGAUAGAGUCCUAAUACUACGUAAUUUUAGUUUCAUUUCAACUUUGCAAGUCCUCUAUUUACGUAAGCACUAGGACGGUAAUGUGUGGCAUUUGUUAUUGAUGGUUGGAGUGUAUGCUAAUUUUGUCACUGACCACCUAACUGAAUUAGCUCGCUUUUCUAGCUCAAUUUAAUAUGAUGAUAAAAUUAUUGUUUACAUUUGAUUGUACAUACCAAAUGAUAAAACCACCUCAAUAGUAAUAGAAUCUUAAGCUAAAAAAAUAUUCUGGUCCGAUUAAGUUUCACCAACAACUAUCCAUAACAAAUUUCUGCAAAAUUUACAUUCAUAUCUUAAUAAUUAUCAUAAACCCUUCAUGCUUGACAUUUAAGUUGAAGAGAACCACAAUCCAAAUCUAACAAAUAAAAAUUAAGACCUGAAUUCACUUAUAUUAAUAAAAAAGAUGGGCAAAAGAUGCCUAGUGCCUACACUAGUCCUACUUCUAUUUGAUACAAUGUGACUCCAAUGAAUCAUCAAAUUAAUUGUUUUAAAAAAUAAUAAAAAUCACUCCGUGACACAAAUCAAGGACUGAAAACGUUAAAGAAUACAUCAUUUCAGUGAUUAAAAUAUCUAUAACACGAAAAUAUUAAAAUAAAGUAAAUCGAAUAAAAAAAAUUGAGGAAAACCCCAAAGGAGAAAGCCACGAUAAAUAGUUUUCUGUGGGUUGUCGCCCCUACACAAAUAGUUUUCCUUUCCCCCAAUUCAUUCAGUUUGGGGAGAGUCUGCGACCUGGCUGGCAGCUCUGCAUGCUCUCUCUUCUCCUUCCCUCUUCCCCUCUGCAAUUCCUCUAAGCCCUCCAUUCCCUCUCCCCUCUUCUUAAAUUCUAUCCCCCAUUUUCCCAGUUCAAUUUCCCCCCUCCAUUUUCCUUCCCCUGCCUUCUAGUUGUGGGGGAUUGAACGAUUGAUCCCAACAUUGUAACUCCAAUGUCUAAUUCCCCAUCUUCCCCCCUUUUCCACUCAAUGAUUAAUUCGAUUCAUUGAUGCUAAAUCCCAAUCGCAUUCCCUGUUCCCUCCCCAAACCCGAAUCUGGUUGAAGAAAGUAAGAAAACCCAUUUUGUGGAUUGAAUUGAAGAGAAAUAUCCCCCAAAUCCCUACAAGCUGAGGCGAAGCGGGAGUAUUCAUUUGGGAACGACGAUGAAAGGGAACAAGAAGGAUGCGGAGAAGGUCAUCUGGGAUCAGCUGAGGAGCCCUUCUCACGCCAAUUCCAUCUCCGUACCCGGUUCCCCAGCUCGGAUUCUCCCCAAGCUCAUGGUAUGGCUUCUCCUCUUCGUCACCGUCACCUACGUUUUCUACACAUUGAGGCUCGUCUCCACUUCCCAACCCUGCAACGACGACCCCCUCUCCCGCCACCGCUCCUCCCAGCCACAGCACCUCUCCCUCGUCGCCCUCAGCGGCAACGACUCCACCGACGACGGCGCGGCCCUCAUCGACGGGGCGGCGGCGACGGGAAUCGCUCUCCCGCGGCGGGAGAUCGAGGAGAGGCCCGAGAAGCAGCCGACGGAUUUGCAGCACGUGGUGUUCGGCAUCGCGGCGUCGGCCAAGCUCUGGGAGCAGAGGAAGGAAUACAUCAAGAUUUGGUACAAGGCCGACAGAAUGAGAGGGGUUGUUUGGCUGGACGAUGAGGUGGAGACCAAGGAGGAGGACAAAGGGGUUCUGCCGCCGAUUAAAAUCUCCGGGGACACCUCGAAGUUCGUGUACAAGAACAAGCAGGGCCACCGGUCCGCCAUUCGGAUCUCGCGGAUCGUCUCCGAAACGCUCCGACUCGGGAUGGAGGACGUGCGGUGGUUCGUGAUGGGCGACGACGACACCGUUUUCGUCACCGAGAACUUGAUCCGGAUCUUGCGCAAGUACGACCACACCCAGUACUACUACAUCGGCAGCUUAUCGGAAUCCCAUUUGCAGAACAUCUACUUCUCCUACGGGAUGGCCUACGGCGGCGGCGGCUUCGCCAUUAGCUACCCGCUCGCCAAAGCCCUCGAGAAGAUUCAGGACCGCUGUAUUCAACGGUACCCCGGUCUGUACGGCUCCGACGACAGAAUGCAGGCCUGUAUGGCCGAGCUCGGCGUUCCCCUCACCAAAGAAGUCGGGUUCCACCAGUAUGAUGUGUACGGCAAUCUAUUCGGCCUGCUAGCAUCACACCCAGUGACGCCAUUAGUGUCAUUGCACCACCUCGACGUGGUGGAGCCAAUCUUCCCGAACGUGACACGGGUCGAGGCCCUGCAGCGCCUCGCGGUGCCGAUGAAGAUGGACUCGGCGGGGAUAAUGCAGCAGUCGAUCUGCUACGACAAGUCACGGAGCUGGACCGUCUCUGUGUCUUGGGGUUUCGCGGUUCAAAUCUUCAGGGGAGUGUUCUCCCCUCGAGAGAUCGAAAUGCCCUCGAGAACUUUCUUGAAUUGGUACAGGAGGGCCGAUUACACGGCCUAUGCGUUCAACACCCGCCCUGUGGCCAGGAACCCUUGCCAGAAGCCGUUCGUGUUUUACCUCUCCAAGGCGAGGUCGUUGACAUCAUUGAACACGACAGUGAGCGAGUACCAACGGCAUCGUGUCCCCCAUCCUGAAUGCAAGUGGAAGAUGGCCGAUCCAAGCAGUAUAAACAUGGCGGUGGUGUAUAAGAGGCCUGAUCCUCAGUUGUGGAACAGGUCUCCAAGAAGGAACUGUUGCAGGGUAAUGAGCACGAAGAAGAAAGGGACGAUUACGAUCGACGUCGGGAUGUGUAGGGAUGGUGAGAUCAGUGAGGUAUAGCAGAAGUACUCAUGGCUGAGUUUGAAGAGAACUCCUUGGAAAGAAGCUGCAGCUACCCUUUCUUCUCCUUCUUCCUCUACUUCUUCUCCUCCUCCUCAUCUUAGUCUUAUGUUUGUUACUCCUCCAUUGAAAUUUAAGUGUUUAGUUCAUUAAUUUAUUGAUGAGGGUGCCCAAGAAAGGUAGAGACUACUUCAGUGCUCAGUCUAGAGGGAAGAAAAUGGCCCAAAAAAGGAAGUGUUGGUUAGAAGAAAUUGGUGUAUAAAGUCGUAGUUGAUACGUUUUUAUACAUGUCCUGUUUCUAGCUAAGCUAGCUAUGUAGGAUUAUGUCUAUUCAUAAAAUUUUGUUAAUCCAGAAAAUGAGAUGGGUAAAAAUGAAAGAUGCUGUUACUCAGACUCUCUUUAAAAGGUAGGGACGCGCAUGAUUGAUUCACUUAAUCAGGUUUGUUCUUAUGUGGUAUCUUUUCAGAUUGCCCGGGAUUAAGAUUGAUUGGUUAUUAAUAAUUGAACGCCAUGGCAUUAACAUAAGGAAUCUCCAUAGUUUCUUGCUCAAACGUGAGGUUGGAUUUCGUUUAAGAUUCGGUUUCUGCAGCUUCUGCUUCAUCGGCUUGUUGAUUUGGGGGAACAAGAGCACGUGGCAUACAAAAUCUUAAAACGUGGGGGGAUGACAGAAUUAUAUAACAUGAAGUUGACCAUAUUGGAUCUUGUGCUUAAUCAACCACGUCGAAAACAAACAAUGGUAUGGUUAUGUAUCACACUAAGCAUAUUAUUUCAAUCUCUUAGCAGCAGAAAAAAGUGCCUUUCAGUUUUAACUAUGAGAAUUGCAAAGCCAUUCUAAACAAAGAAUUUUUCAUGUUUGGUUUCAGAGGUCAAAAUAUAACUCACACAUUGGACCUGUGAUUUAAUAAUACCCAUUUCGUGACAUAAAAGGUUGUAUGUCUUAUCGUCGAUGAUUUACCAUUCUUAUCUCCUUCUGUUUUAUGUCAAUUGUCUAUCAAAACUUGUAUUUUGUAUAGGUUGUUCCUUUUGAAAUAUCUAUGGUAAAAAUAAGGUGAGGUUAAGAUGCAUAUAAGUACAUGGCACAAUGGCAGGAUAAGAUAUACAGGUUCAGGCUAUUUAAUGGCCACUGAAAUAGUAGAGAGUUUGAUUGACGAUCAAUUCGACCAACGCCUCAGGAUGCCCAACGGUUGGGUUUAUCCACUGUCGCCAAGAGCUGUCAGAAAACUGGGAAUCAGAUCAGAGUGAGAAGAAAUUAAAAAAAAAACAGAGGAAAUUGAUUGCUCACCUAACAGAUUAAAUAUAAAGACAAUAAUUACUCACGGAGGUCAUGUUGAGGGAUCGGAGAGUGGAGCCUUGAAGAUUGUACGACGACGACGAGAACCCAGCUGCAAGGAACAGUGUAGAAGAGCAAGAAGAAGCCAGGCUCAGGCAGCCAUGCACCAAUUAAGUUUGGAAUGAUGUUCGCAGAGCUUUGGAUUUUAAUGUUGUUUCUUUCCAUGAAGCAAUUUCAGUGCCACAAUGCUUAGAUUCCAUACAGAUAACGUUCCGGCAUCUAAAAUCGAGAAACUCUGUGUUGAAAUUGCAGUUUUUAAUUUUUAUUAUCUUGAAAGUUAAGGUAAAAAUGUGUGAUGUGAAAAAGAAUGACGGUAAAUGAGUUGUUUUUUAUUCGUUUAAGUGAUUUGGUUAUGAAGAAAAAUUAAUUAACUGUUUAAUUUGAUUGUAGUUUGUUUACUAGUAUGCACAGAACAUGUAGAUUAUGAUUUGCAUAUCAAAUUCGUGAGACAUAAAAGACUUCAUGGGUAAUAAAAUUGAGUCCUUUGAAAGCUAUUCAACAGUAGAGGUUCAUCGGUGGGGUGGAAACUAAUGUGGUUGAUGGUCUUCUAAUGAAGAUUACUAUCAACGAUGUUAAAUAACUUUGGACGAAGAAUUAAAAUUUAGAGUAGUCUCAUUCUUAAUUAUGUUUCGAUUCACUUGUAUAAACAAUGAUAGACUUCUUUCUUUUUCGCCUUCAUAAGUCCCAGUUGUAUUUUUUGAGAAUCUUUACCGCAAAUUUCUCUCCCAGAAUUGCAAUUAAGCAUAUGUACUAAACAUCUUAAACCGGACUUGUGGCGUCCCAUUCAGUGUCUUAACAAAUUGGAAAAAGUUGAGGCACUUUUUAAAGGGCAAAAGUGUCCCCUUUCUUCUUCAAGCCCUUUUUUCUUUCAUAGACUGGUGUAAUGUAAGCCAAAGGGAAGGCAAAGGAACAAUCAUAGUUAUGUGAUUUGGUACACUCCCAUAAAAGUGGGGGGUCGAAUUAAAUGUGACUUGAAUGUGACUUAGAGCUACUUAAUUCUUUUCAUCUCUUUUUAUUAGAAUCUCCCUCCAUAUUCUAAUGAAUUAGUGAAUUUGUAGUGGAUCUGUCGUAUCGUUUUAUUUGUAAAAGGUCCAAUCCAAAUCAUAAUUAAGUGCCGCAUGAAUAACUAAUAUGUUAUGUAUAUUAACUCAUUAUUUAAUAAGAAUUUCAGUAAUUUCAUUUGCCAAGAAAAAGGGUGGAAUGAUUUGGCUCAUCCUUGAUGAAAUCAUAUUAUAUAAAUGUUUUGGGGCUAAUACAAUACACAUUUGACAUGGACCAAAAGUGGCCAUUAAGUAAUAAUCCUUUCUUUAACAUUUAUUCUACACCUUUUCACACAAUGUCACUAGUAGUUCAUAAUUUCGAACUCGGUUAUCGGGAACGUUAAUUGUUAAAAGAGAAGAAGCCCUCUCCAAACAGAAAACCAAGAAACCAAUCAAUAGAAGAAUUAAAAAAAACAGGAAUUGCGUCUAUAAUAAUAAUCAAGACAAUUAUGGUGCUCACAGAUGCCUUUUAAACAGACAAAUUGCGACGAACUGUGAAGGGUGCGUUGGUUUUGUUUAAUGCAAAUAGGUUACAGCCAUAUCAGCAGUUUAUCGACAACAGUGCCCACUCUCGCUGGCUGCAAGUAGAUUCCUAGCCAUGUCGGUGUUCCUUAAAAAAGUUACUAAUCUUCUUACAAAACAUAUAUCUUAACUCAAUUUAGUUAUGGGAUGAAUAUAAAAUAAGAUUACUACAAUUUCCAAAGGCGUCCAUUUCAACCUUCACCGUUGACCUCGGUCCUUCAGUUUACGGAUACCAAAACCUACCGGUGGAAUUUAGCUUUAUAAACACAACAUUGGUUUCUCAUUCUGUCUGCUCGCUCUCUACAUGAUAAAGACAGGGUUAAUUGCAUCAAAUACCACUUAAAUAUUACUUUUGUUGUAUACUAAUCACUUAUAUCUUUUUAGUUGCAACUAAACCACAAACGUCGAUUUAUGGUUGCACCGUCGCAUUUUCCAUCAACAAACUUAACGGCGGGUACCAAAUUGCAAUUUUUAGUACCAAAUCAGCAUUCCAACUCGGCCUGACUGCUUGGUUAAAAAAUUUCCUAUUUUCCUUCUUUUCCUCCUCUUAUCUCCAUUAACAUUCCUUCUCUCCUCGGGUAUUUCUUUUCCUUUCCACCCAUCUCACCCACACCAGCAGCCCUCCUUUUGCUGCCAUUGAAAAUGUAUAUACAGUCCAUAGUCCAUAUACCCCAUUCAUUCCAACGUUCAUAAACAACGUUGGGGGAUACAGGUAAGUUGUUGAUUUAAAGUUCUUCUUUAAGAUAAUAUAUAACAAUUGUUAAGUCAAUUAACUAGUAAUCAUACCCACCAAAAACGUCCACUAUCUAUAGAUUUGGAGAUACUUCUUAUUAAUAAACGGUAUAUGAUUCACGAUUGAACCUCUCCCAACAACUCGAGUUAUUGGGAUCAACGGGUUCUUGACAUAUAUGUUAAACUCAAUAGAAAGCAAACUAAGUGAUUGUUUAUUGAAAGCGAAAGACAGAACAUAAAUACAAUCUAGCAAAGCUUCCAACUAGCCCACUCUCUAACCCCACAAUCUCACAACCCUUAAGAAUAGCCAACUGAUCUAACAAACCCUCAACUUGACUCUACCAACUAAAACACUCACAGCAUUUGAACCGACUAACAAUCUAAUUUACUAACCUCUAAUUCCUGUUUUGCAACCACGACUAACUCGCAAACGACAACACACUGUUAAAGCUCGCGUGACACACCACAUGAUACUUAAAGAGCAACCUAAUUCAUCGAACAAAAGCUUCCACCAAGAUCAUUAAUCCUAGAUGAUACCGAAAACUCCUAACCAUGAUACUUAAAGAGCAACCUAAUUCAGCUAGUAAUGUAUAUGCAUGAGUCAAAUAGUAAAGAACAAAAAUUUUGAGGUAACCAUGCAAUCGAUUGUAGAGGGAGAAUGAAAAUAAUGAACCAGUGAUGCAUCUGCAUGUUUUGUUGAGUACAGGAAACCACAAAGCAAAAUUUCUUGGAUAUUUCUUGCAGCGCUCCAAGUGUUAUUUAUGUAACCCUUUUAUUUGCUUUGUUAUUUGGCUGGGAAUGAGAUCAUUUUUUUAAAUAUAGUGUUGGAAGCAAGGGGAAAGGAAGACGGAAUGAUCAACCGCUUUUUGUGCUCGGAAAAGAAAUCUUCAGAUGUGGGCCAUUGAAAACUUGGUGGCCCAUUAUAUGACUCAGCAACCAAGUUUAGCUGGAAUGCUCGCAUGACACGGAAAAUUACCAUAAGAUACCCACUGUUAAGUUUAUGGACGGAAAAUAUGACGGUGCAACCGAAAGUAGACUUAUGUGAUUUAGUUGCAACUAAAAAAUGUUAAGUGGUUAGCAUGCAACAAAAGCAAUAUGUAAAUGGUAUGUGGUGCAAUUAACCCGAUAAAGACAUAAACGUAGG